AUGGCGGCCGUGGCUGCAGAGCCAGGAGCUGCGGCGGUUCCGACAACAACGUCAACCGCGGCGACGGACGACGAGGGCCCGCCAGAACCGGGUCCUUGCGGCCCGGGACUCCCAGAAGCCCCGCUGGAGUCCAGCGGGCCGCGGGAGUCCGGCAUUGCUGUGGAGCUGGUCGCCCCCCGAGUGGAGGAUGGUGGGGACGGGGAGGAGCGCCGCCAUGUCAGGCCGGAGCUGGAGCCCACGGCGGGAAAAGCUCUCUGUGAAACCGUCGUUAACGACGAACUGAUCAGCAACUUCCAAGUGGAUCGGAUCAGCAUCGACCGGUUUUCGCCAGGACUGCCGGGGGAUCCAGAGGGCGGCGGGAACGUGUCGGUGCAAGCGGUGUACCGCAGCAUCCUGCCGGACCCGCAGCCCUCGGCCGUCUUUCUGCACUCCUUCCCGGCUCCGCCGCCAGUCACCGAGGCCGGACUCUCUCUGGCCGAACCGGCAGAACCGACUACUAACGUCACGACGGACCGGGCCGAGACAGCGGGCCGAGACCGGGGCUACACGGUCUUGGUCCAACCAGAGCUGAGGCCCGGGCCCGCGGAGGACGCCAUAUUGGACGGUAAUGCGGACCGGCUGUCGGUUCCGGUAAGCCUGGACAGCCUGGACAGCCUGAACCCGGAGACCGGCUACGCUAAAAACUCCGCUGGGACCGAAGAGUCGGCGGGCCGCGGCUUGCGGGACUCGUCACCGCCCUGUCGGUCCCCGAAGAAGCGGCUGAUGACGGACACCGUGAAGCAGGAGGAGUCCUCCCGGUCCGAGCCCGGACCUGAACCCAGUCAUGGUGGUCCCUCACUCGGCUCAUAUCAGGAUCUGAGUCCCGGGUCCGAGGUCCGGGUCUCCCUGGACCAUGUCAUCGAUGACGCGCUGGUGGUGUCCUUCCGGCUGGGAGAGAAGGUUUUCUCCGGGGUGCUGAUGGACGUUUCCAAAAGGUUCGGACCAUACGGGAUUCCCAUCACGGUGUUUCCAAGACGGGAUGACCGGAGUCGACCUCAGAUGUCUCUACACUCGGAGCCUGUUACCAAUGACAACCCCUCCACCAAACAGGAGGAGGUCACUGUCAGCCCCCCACCCCCACCCCCACCUCACCCCUGGACCUCCAAACCACCGCCGCUGUUCCAGGAGGGUGCGCCGUACCCCCCUCCUCUUUUCAUCAGGGACACCUACAACCAGGCCUUACCUCAGCCACCGCCACGCAAGAUAAAACGGCCAAAGCGGCGCUAUCGCUGUGAAGAGCCAACCUCCAUCAUGAACGCCAUCAAGCUCCGCCCACGCCAGGUGCUCUGUGACAAGUGCAAAGGUGUAGUGGCAUCAGGAGGGCAAAGGGAGGCGCGGCGGGGCACAGUGGAUCUGAGGGGCGAGGAGGCGUCUCGUCGGCGGAGGCAAGCUGAGGGACCGAUCUCCUCUGAGGUAAAACGGCUGAGGAGCGACGACAGGGGAGGGCGACCCGCUGCUGACAGAAGGUCAUCAUCAGGGAUUUGUGUGUCAUCUUCAUCAUCAUCUUCCUCCCGCCGUGUCCUGAGGGGCGUGGCUUCAUCUUCAUCCUCGUCGUCACCCUCGUCCAGCCGCAUACGUCUGAAGCUGAACUCUAAGAAAGGCCUAGCUAAAGGUUCUGCCGGCGAUCGCUCCAAAGCACGGCAGGUUCUCAAGAAGCUGGCGAGGAGCUCGCAGCCGCCGCCACAUCGCCGGCCCAAAGACCACAACCAGAACCAGAGUCAGAGCCAGAGUCAGGACCGCACCAAGGCUGUGACCCGAGCUGCUGCCUUGCAGAACCACAACCAGAAGGUGCACUUCACCCGCCGCCUGCAGCACCUCACCGGCACCGCAGUCAGCUCAAGCGCCCACACGUCGUUGCCACCCAGAAUGCGCCUCAAACCCCAAAGGUAUCGUACCGACGACAGCCAGACCUCCUCCUCCUCCUCCCUGCCCAAACAGAUCGCUCGCUCAUCGCCUCCCAAACCUGCUUUAAAUCCUGUCCCCACAUCGGACCCGGUCCCACCCACAGCCCCACCUCUUCCCUCAAACACAGCUCCUCCCCCAGUGCCCACCCCCGCCUGUGCAGUCAGUGUUGUCAUGGAGACACAGGUCCGUCCUGCAGUGGAGGAGGUGACGGAUGAGGAAGGGGGAGGAGGUGAAGGGCAGGUUGUGGAGCCUACUCCUCCUCCCUCCUCCUCUUCCUCCCUGGACUCGUCCUCCUCAGAGUGUAGCUCCACAAAGACCUUUGAGCCCCCACCCUCCUUCUCCUCUCCUCUCGCUCCUCCUCCCCCUUCGUCCUCCUCACUAGCGCCUCGGUGUUCCCCCUCUUUCUCCCCCGUCACCCCUCCCCCCAGAUCUGACAGUAAGGAGACGCAGGCUGGCGAUGAGGAGGAGGAGGAGGAGGAAGAGGAGGGGGGUGAACUGAAGAGGCGCCGCAAGUCUUCCACAUCCUCCUCCUCCUCCUCGUCUUCGUCGUCUUCCUCCGUCUUCUCCAAGUCAGUGUCCAAGUGUUCUCUCCCCGACGGUCGGACCGUGUGCGUCGGCGACAUCGUCUGGGCAAAGAUCUACGGUUUCCCCUGGUGGCCAGCUCGCGUGCUCGGCAUCACGGUGGCGCGUCGAGGCGACACAGGGCUGGCAGUGCGGCAGGAGGCACGAGUUUCCUGGUUUGGCUCCCCCACCACCUCCUUCCUGCCACUUGCCCAGCUGUCGCCCUUCCUAGAGACCUUCCAGUCUCGCUUCGACAGGAAGAGGAAGGGGCCGUACCGCCGUGCAAUCGCAGAGGCCGCAAGCGCUGCCAAACAGCUAACGCCUGAAGUCCGAGCGCUACUCACGCAAUUCGAGACGUAGCAUCCGCCACUGUUAAAUCCCCCCACGCCCACCCGUCUGUCAGAGACUGAUGCAGACAGGUGGACAAUGUUUCUGUCUCUGUUCUUCCUGUUUGAGGGGGGGUGGAGCUUCUGGGUUACCGGUCAGUGUCCUCAGUUCAGGGGUCAGUCAGCGGCAGUCUUUCCACUCGCCAUCGAGUUACAGCAUCUGUUUCUCAUGAACGCAACUCUGAUGAUGAUUGGCUGACAGACCGGACUGUCACACAUUUACAUCAAUGAUCAUGAAUCAACAAACACUAAUUAAGACGUUAGAGAUCGUCGCUUCGUUUUUUUCCUCGUUCCUGAAUCACAGAUUUUCCUCGUUUUCAUUCGAUGAUGUCGAAUCAAAAUUUUUGUUUUGAUUCGACACAUUUUUUUGUAGAAGUGUGUCGAGUUGUUCAGUCCGAUUUUUUUGUCCCUCGUUGGCCGGGCGAUGGCGGUGUGAAACGCUAAUCUGUCACUUCCUGUUUAGAGUCUCCUGGUUCCUCUGGGUUCUACUUGGGAACAUCCAGACUGAAAACUUUUAUUUUCUUUUUAAAGAAGCUCCAUUUUCCGUUCACAAAGAAAUCAAGAUAAAAAAAAAAAACUGUGAAACACAACGUGUUGUCCAAACUGAGGCCGGAGGUCUGAGUCAGAGCGGUCCAGACUCUGGGAGGUUUUUAGUUUCAUCAUGAAUCUUCAGACUUUAAUGUUUGAUCCAUCUGAUAGAAAAACGAUAAGUGAUGAGUGACCUGAUUGGUUCUCUGAUCUCCCACAAUUCAACAGGAACAUGGGACAGUUGUAACAGUGAAUAGUAAUAGAUCCAGUCAUGUAGUCCUGUUUUCAGACCAGGAUCCUGGAACAUGUCUGGAUUAUUAGUCUUCAUCAGCUGUUUAUCAAUCAGACUGAUCACUUAUGAAACGUAUUGAUCAUCACAGUUUGCCUGUCACCUCCUCAGGUUGUUUGAGUGAUUAUUAGUGAUAUUCCGCUGCUGUCUCACUCUGAAGUUUAUUUAAAGACGUUUCGUUUGAAGCUCAGAGAUGUUUUAUGGAGACGAUGUUGUAGACGUCUCACUCGCUCUGUGGUUUGACUCCCGAGCCUCAGUUUAUCAACAGACAGACGGACAGGUAGGACACACUGACUGUUAGACAGGACAGAAUGAAGAUGAUGAUGAUGAAGGUGGAUUUUCCCUCUCUGCUGUUUGUAGUUUCAGCUGUCAGACUCUUUUUACCGUCUGUUUGCAGAUCAGAGAUUCUGAACUAAAAACUGUUUGAAACACAGACAAAAUAAUUCAAGUAAAAAAUAAAGAAUCCGUCUGAGUCGACCUGUGUACAUGUUUUUUCUGAUGUUUUAAAUCUAUUAAUAAAGUGUCAAACUUCUCUUUGAA